AUGAUCCAUAUGCUGGUGAGGAGGUUCGCCGAACACUAUCAUCCGUAUCUCCCUUUGGUGCCUCGAAAGUACUUUGAUCCAGCACAGCUGGAUGCCUUUGCCGUCAACGACAAGCACCUCCUCACCGCAGUCUUGACCAUCGCUUCCAAAGAUCUCGUUGACCGACCUCAUGUGCACAUCUGUUGUUCCCGUUACAUGCAUGACCUGAUCUCAGGCAUUGCUGCUGGGCACGACUGUGAAGUCGAGGCGGUCGAGGCCUUGCUCCUGCUCGCCGAAUGGGAACCUCAGGGCUUACGAAAUCGCAUCGAAGCAGUGGGGAGAGGGGAGGAAGAUCGGUCGGCAUGGAUGCACGUCGGAAUCGCGCUCCGGACAGGUUACUUCCUGGGUCUUGAUCGUACCGCCUUUCGGCAAGAAAGUGCAGAAGAGGCCAAAAUCGAUGGACGGAAGAGACUGGCCUGGGCCAACUGUUAUGUGUCGGAUCGACUCAUCUCGGUUCGAAUAGGGAAGGCAUUCUGGUCAAGGGGCCCUGGACCCAUGACCGGCCUCUCGUCCCAGGAUUUCCCUUCUCUCCAGCCACUCUACCCCGGUGACGAAGAUCAUGCCAAGAUCAUGCAGGCGACACUCGACUUGACGCAGCUCUAUUCUAAUGUCCACGAUGUUCUCUACUCGGGCAUGAGGACAAGUGGUCAGAUGAUGCUGAUGGGUGAUUAUGUCAAGUAUGUGGACGAUUUCCGCACCGCCAUUGCCCGGUGGAACACGACCUGGGGCAAACUAGAAUGUUCUCCACAUAUCAAGGUGACUCUCCAGAUGUCGUACGAGUAUCUCUGUCUCUACACCAACGCCUUUGUUUUCCAGGCGACGAUUUCGCAAGCAAUUGCCAGUAAGCCAAAGACUGAGUCGCAUUCUUUGCGGGACCAUCUGCGAAGUGUCUUUAGCAAUGUUGGCUGCAUGCCCGACGCUCGCUUCAUCUGGGCUAGUUUGGCAGCGGCGAAGGCGUACUUGACACUUCUCAGCACCCAGAUUGACCCCAAGGCCUCCCUUCGGUAUAUGCCCCUGCGCUACUAUCUCUACAGCAUCUACUCGGCAGUCUUUCUCUACAAAGCUCGGUCUUUUGGGGUCAUGACCGACAUGGAAGAGCAUCAAGUGCGACAAUUGGUCUUCCGGGCGAUGGACGUGCUCAAACAAGCGUCAGUUUCGCCGCAAGAUCCAGGAUCGCGUUACGCCAGACUUCUCGAAAUGCUCUGGAUGAAGCCUACCAAGACCGCGCCGCCCAUCCACCAUCAAAUGCAAUCUCCCGCAGCUUCUGACACGCAGUUAUCAUCUAGUGGGAGUGUCCGUGUUGAUGCUCACGGCUACAUGCAGUUUAGUCCCAACAAUGACUUUUCCUGGCUGGACCUCGAGGCAGUUGGCGAUUACGUCUCAAGCGACCACAUGCCAGCCAACCAUGUGAAUCUACUUGUGCCCAUGUCAAGCUAUCAAUCGACAACUGGGACCAUGCAGCAAGGACAGGAAAUGGAGUGGCAACAGGCGCAACAUCAGCACGCGGAGCAGCAGCAGCAGCAGCAAGUGAAUAGUGCAAUCAAUUGGUCGGUGGAUUGGAAUGGCAAUCUACUGUUUUGA